ACAGGGACGGGGACAGGGACGGGGACGGGGACGCUCCGGCUCUCGCCUUUAUUUUGGGUUGAGGGGCGUAGCUGUGUGUGUGAGAGAGACACGGAGUGAGUUGGUUGGAAGCGCCACGCAGAUUCACCGUAAACUGUCGUGUUUUUUCGUGAAAAGUUCCGAACAUUCGUCGCGCGCUCUGCUGCGCGUUAGCUGACACAUUAACGUUUACCUAAAAAAAAACAGCCGUUAAAUUCGACCCAAAACUGCCGCGGCUGAGUUUUGUUUUCGUCAAAGUUCGACCGUUUCUCGUGUUUUUCACUUCUGUCGGUUCACGUUAGCAGGAGCGCUGAGCGCUAACCGUAGCCGUACCGUUCCCCCCGCCUCUCCUCCCUCAGACAUGCCGUUAGCCAGGCGCCGGGGCUCGGCCGCGUCUCUCGCGGUGGUGCCGCGCGGGGACUUUCGCUAGGCAGCGGCGGAGAAACACUCCUCCUCCACCUCCUCCUCCACUCGGUUCCGUUUUCGGUCGCCAUGGAGCCGGCGGGCUGCGUGAACAUCGGCAGCCUGACGAGCGCUCUGCCCGUGAUCCCCUACCGCAAGCUGACCGACCUGCACUACAUCAGCAAAGGCGGCUUCGGCACCGUGUUCCGGGCUCAGCACAGCGACUGGAGGACCACCGUGGCCAUCAAGUGCCUGAAGCUGGACUCGCCCGUCGGGGAGAGAGAAAGGAAUUGUUUACUGAAAGAGGCUGAGGUGCUUCACAAGGCCCGGUUCAACCAUAUCAUUCAAAUCUUCGGUGUGUGCAACGAGCCGGAGUUCUUCUGCAUAGUCACAGAGUACAUGACCAAUGGAUCUCUGGAUGAACUUCUGCAUGAGAAAAACAUGUACCCGAUGGUGGCCUGGCCACUGAGGCUUCGCAUUCUGUAUGAAAUUGCACUAGGGGUCAACUUCCUCCAUAACAUGACCCCUCCGCUGCUCCAUCACGAUCUGAAAACACAAAAUAUUCUUCUGGAUGGAGAGUACCAUGUGAAGAUUGCUGAUUUUGGCCUUUCUAAAUGGCGCCAGCUCUCAAUCAGCAAAGGGUCUGGCUCAAAGCCUGCCGAGAUGGGCGGCACAGUCAUCUAUAUGCCGCCUGAGGAGUACGAACCCAAUAAAAGCCGGCGAGCUGAUGUCAAACAGGACAUGUACAGUUAUGCCAUCAUCAUGUGGGAAGUCCUGUCGCGACGGAUACCGUUUGAAGAUGCCACCAACCCCAUGCAGAUCAUGUUUAGCGUUUUGCGGGGACUGAGGCCCGAUACAGGACCGGACAGUCUGCCGACGGACAUCCCCAGCAGGGAGACCCUCAUCAGCCUCAUGACCAAUGGCUGGACCGCCAACCCAGACGACCGGCCCUCUUUCCUCAGCUGUCUUAUCGAACUGGAGCCCAUGUUACGGAGGUUUGACGAGAUUGAUGUCCUGGAGGCAGUACUGGAGGUCAAAAGGUCAAAGUUUAUGCGGCCGCUGAGCAGCAGCCAGUCGAUACCAUCAAAUGGGAAACCAGUGGGAGAAAAGUGUUUGAAGUUGCAAAGUACUCCCUGGCCAGACAACAGCUCCACAUCUGGAUCAGGGUCCUGCUCCUCCCAGGAGACAGAUAUGUCCCAGCCAGGCUUUCUUACCAUCUCAAAUCCUUCUCAUGGUACACACAGACCCUUGUUGUCAGUUUUGUCUUUGCCCUUGGAUGCUCCAAAGCCUCUGAUUGAUCAGAGCUCUCAAAACAACCUGAACCCAGAGUACCAGACGGCCCAGCCCAUCUCUGCAUUCAACAUCCCUGUUAAACCCCACCCUCCUCAAAGUGAAAGCGACCUGCCCCUAAAUAUCCACCCACUCACCCUGCAGACACACCAACAAGACUUCCCGUCGCCGUCGGACAGCCAGGGCCCGGCAGCACGCUGGAUUAGUUUGCGGCGGGAGGAGGUGGUACGGCAGAUGACUGAGGCAUGUUUGAACCAGAGCUUGGACGCACUGCUGGCCCGUGAGCUGCUGAUGCGCGAGGACUACGAGCUGGUGUCCAACCAGCCCACGCGCACUGCCAAAGUGCGCAAGCUGCUGGACACGUGUGAACGCCACAGCGAGGAGUUUUGCCGCAUAGUAGUGCGGAAGCUUCAAGAGAACAAGCAGAUGGGCCUUCAGCCCUUUCCAGACCUCACCUCUCCAACACCUCCCCCACCCUAUAGCGCCCCCAGCGCUCCUUUCCUCUCCACCUCCUACAACAACACCCGCAACAUGUUCUGAUCCUCCAAGCCCUUUCAGCCUUCCUCUGAACUGGACUCCUGUGAGGUUUGCGUCUUUUGGAAUAGACAUCUCCUGAAAGAUGGAUCACGUUUUUUGUUCCUUUUUUCAGGUUGUUUUUGCUUUUUUUUUGUGAUUGGAUACUUGCCUUUGGGGUACAUUGUUGGAAUUUUUCACAUCAGCCCUUGUCAGAGCUUCUAGGCCCUCUCUCCUCCUGAUGUGGAACUACAGCCCCAGUUAUUUCAUCAGAACUGGUUGCAUUUGCUGUUGUGGGACACAAGGUUGUUGGAACAUUUGAUCGGCAAAUAUGAACAUAGCGAAAGCUUUCUGUCCCACUGACUUUGCCAGCAUUGUUUUGCCACGACUCGGUGAAAACCUCUUUUAUUCAGCAAAUUUUGUCUUCCUCUUGAAACCCAUGACUUUUCCCAUGACAUGCACUUAAACAAAGCUCUUACAAUGUAGCUUUUUUACGCUGUCCGAAUCAGUUGGCUUUGCUGAAAUUUAUUAUUUUUUCCUUCAUAGCAGUUUUAGGCCAUUUAUUAGUCUGAUGAAAUUUGUAACAGUUGUCAUACCUAAAAUAAUAUUGUUAAAGUCAACCAGGUAUCUGGAUUCUGAUCAAAUUUAGUUUGGCUUCUUGUGUUUGUCUGUAUGGAAAUGGCAGCUUUUGAAUAGCGUGCACAGUCAGCGGCAGUGUCUGAAAUUGAAACUUGCUUGUCAUGUACAGUUUUAGGUUUCGGCCGUUCUGUAGCUUGCCUCACCUCAGUACACUACUUAUUACUCACAGUGAUCCGUGAUUUAACACACCAAAAUAAGAUACAGGUUUCCUGAGUGGAGCAUCGCAUUGUUGAAAUGGUGCCAGAGGACGCUAAUACUAAUGAAAUUAGCCUUUACUAAUGCUGUUGCAAAUUAUUCAAGCAUUUGAGAAAGAAUGCACAUUGAUGUGCAAUGCUUACGUUGGCAUUAACUAAGUUUAAGCAUCAGACGCAUGGCAGGUUACCAAGGCACUGUAGCAGCGCGCAACAGAUUCCUCCAUCCAGAGCUGUGAUGUAAAACCUCAUACUUUCUCACCCGCAGCAGUUUGAGUAUAGGAACUACUGAGCAAGUAAGUGAAUAAGCGAUUUCAAGCACUCUUAUUGUUUUGCAAGUUAAUAUUUACCAGCCUUACGGACUUUUUUCCAGGAGGAAAUGGGAUUCGUCACUCUAUUUGGAUGAAUUUUUCCAUUCUUUGGAAUACCAGACAUGGCUUGAAUUUAUAGUCAAUCUGUUGGAAACAGUAAGUAGAUGGACACGAGGAGACAACUUCAACCGAACAACCGUGCUUUCUGCAGCAAAACGUUAACACUGUAGCAAACUGUCAACUUUCUCUGUUCGUUUCAAAAGGACAGACAAACCAAUGCAGCCAGCCAAGCACUUCUGAUAUACUAUAUCUAUGGACUGAACACUGGUGACCGAAUAUGCUGCUCUGGGGACUGUGGCUCAGUGCCUUAGCCAGCAGAGCCCAUACUGAGAGGAAGAGUGCUGCAACACGUCUCCGGAUGUCAUGUUUAUGAAAGAAUAUUUAGUCCUGACUGUAAUAAGGGACUGUUGAGUCAGAUCAGCUGGUUCUUGCCAUUUUUAACCUUCACAGCCAGUUCCACCAGUACCUGUUGUGUCUUUGCGUUGCAACAUUGUAGAAUGUGUCAAAGUUUACACCAGAAGAGCCAGAUAAAAAGGUUCUUCGCAUACCUUUUUUCGUUCUCACCCUCCAUGCUGUUUUUGGCAUGUGGCCUAGUUGUGUUCUGAGCUUCACUGGAUUGGAUUAGCAGAAUGAACUCUUAAUGCUUCGUGGGUAAAGCCACCUAAUAGCUGCGUUCCAAAGCCUAGGCUGCAGCCGAGAUGUGCGUUGUCUACGAAGACUCCUUAGUAGCCUGUUGGUCACACCAAUGGAACAGACCUCACGAGGCUGCGUGGUGACAUCACCAGAGCGGCACGAAACUCCUGAGGGAACUGGUGAAAGAAAGUGGAGCCCGUUGCGUUGAGUUUGUUGCGUUUUUCAUUUCCUCACGGAAAUGGAGGAGAAUGUAGUAUGAUGAAAUACAUAUACACAAAUACUUCUAAAUAAACUACGAUAUGUGGACGAAUUCUUUAAUUAAUCAGUGAUUUUACAGUUUAUAAGGUAACGAAGACGAAUGUAAAUACGUGAACAACUUACAUUUUAAAACAAGCUCUGCUCCAACCGCUUUGUUUUCUGCCAUUUUUGUGGUGCUGUUUUGUUUCUCCUUCGUGUCGCGCAGAGAACUGUGGGUAACCAAAGGCAUCUGAUGCAUCCUUGAAAUCACUUCGAACGUAGGCUGCAUUUCUAGGCUGUACGUGAAGAAUCCUUCACUUUGAAACGGCCUGCGAUGACGUAGCAGCCGAGAAAUGCAGCCUAGGCUUUGGAACGUAACUAAUGUAAUGGGAGCUUUUCGCUCAUUCUCUCAGCUGGUCUGUGGAUUGUUUUGGCUUUAUCUUGUGCUUUUACAUUGGCAUUUUUUGGGAAAAACAUGCCUUGCCUGAAUUCUGUUCUGGUCUCUGCUUGGAGCGUUUAUUCCUUUGUCAGUGUGCAUGCCCUGGCUAUAAACUCUGCCUUCAUUUAGCUACCUAGGAGAGCACUAAGCUGAUCUCCCACCACUGUAGCGCUGGACGACUCCCACAUAGCUGCCGGUUUGCUCAGUCUUCCCUAAGGCUGCAAACCACACCUUCUUUUCAUGCUGCAAACGUCAGGCUAUCUUGCGAAGUCAGUUAGUUGGAUAGGCCGCACUUUGUAAUGAUGUUUGGACUCUCCUCAGCCUUGAUUCACAGCUGUUUGGCCUGCAGGUUUAGGUUUAGAAGUAUUUUUUUCACUCCUCUAAAUCAGUAUCAUAAACGUUAUUUGCACUGUGUCCCUCCUGAAUUGGCUCAUAAUUGUAAUCGCUUCUUUUUGUAAAGUACUGUGCCAAUUCUUAGGUGCUGUGUGGCUGAAUACAUUACUGCCUUUUAUAAUUCUGGUUAUUAGAAAAUCAUUGCAAUACCAUUUUCACUGAACAAACAAACCCAGUGCCAAAUGUAUUGUGGCAGAAUUGUCCAUUGCCUUAAUGUACAGGCUAGGCCUAAAUUAAGAUGAUUUACUUUUUCUCUAAUGGUGUCAUUCCUUUGUCCUGUUUUAUUUAUAUAUAUAAAAAAAAAACAUUUUAAGUGCCACAUCUUUGGGUGGCUCUUGCCUUUCCUCUGUAAGACUGGACGCUGUCAUCUCUCCAGAACCAUGUGCACAUUACUAAUAAUGUAUAGCCUAUGUAGCAAUGUACAGGUGGCAGGGAUAUGAUUUUUCUGUAUGUGUUCUGUACAUGAAGAGGAACUUCCAGAAAAGGCUUAUCUUUGAAGGGAUGUUAUUAAAAUGUGUAAAAUUC